AUGGCGGACCCUCAGCUCUUACUCCAGCAGCUCGAACGAGAGCAGGGCGACCUCAAGAAGCAACUCACAAUUAUUCGCAUCAGCGAGCCGAUCUCUGAUGUCAGCAACACAGACUUCUCACCGUCAAAACGUGGUUCAGAUGUGUCAAUUUCAAAUCUCAAUGAUCCCACACCAGCGUCUCUCGAGUCUGAUCUGACACAUUACAAAGAACUCUUUUCCAAACUACGGUUUUCCUACCUUGAGCAAGUCACCAAAGAGAAAUUUCUCAGAGCCAUUGUGGGCGAUCCGCCGCUGGUGGUGGGACACAAUGAAAAUGUGGAACUGGAGAGUCAGCUGGCCGAGGUGAAAGCCGAGCUCAAGUCACGCAAGGAAGAAGCCCGGCUGAUGAUUGAGGAAAUGGAGACCAUGAGCCGAGAGCUGGCACGCCGCUACAAGAAUGUAGAGACCCAAAUGGCGCAACUCUCGUCCCUCCCUGAAUCAAUUGAGAAUCUGGAGUCUACAAUUGCAGGAUUACGCGCAAAGCAGGUCGCCGGCAUGACUUCUUCGGACCCGCGCUCAUCACAAAACCUACCAUUGCCUGCGACACUGGCACUAUUAUCGGAGAGGGAGGCAGAAUUGGCCGCGCUGAAUCGCCAAAUCCUCGCCGUCCAGAACUCACUCCCUCGAAAAACCCGAGAGGCAGAAGCCAUUGAGCGAGAGUGCAGUGUUCUGGAGCGACGCAAAACAGAGGCCAUCAACCAGGCCAGGGAGGCUCGACGAAAGAAGGAACAGGGCGAGAGUGAUGGCUUGGAAGAGAUGGGACGGUGGUACAAGGGAGCAGAACAAAUUAUGAACCAGGUCCUUGGGACCUAG